UGUAUGGUCUUGGCCCUUGCGAAGGAGGGUGAGGAAGGUAGGAGACGUGCCAUGGUUUUGAACGAAACCUUGUCCAGCCUUGAUCCCGCACAUCAACACUAUUCCUCUCUCAUUUCAAAAUGUAUCACAACCAGACACCUCAAGCUGGGCAAGCUCCUUCACUCACACUUCAUCAAGACUGCCCUCAUCUUCACCACCUUCCUCGCCAACCGUCUCAUUGACUUCUACUCCAAAUGUGACUCCAUUCAAAGUGCCCACAAAGUUUUUCAUGACCUUCCCGUCAAGAACACUCACUCAUGGAACAUAGUCAUCUCUGCAUACUCUAGAUCUGGCCUGUUCAACGAAGCUCACAACUUGCUCGAUCAAAUGCCCAAACCAAACCUUGUGAGCUAUAAUUCUUUGAUUUCUGGAUUAGGCCAUCAUGGUUUUCGCAAAGAAUCAUUAAAUGUAUUCAAAACGAUGCUAAAACAGUGUACCAAUGUGCUUUUUGACGAGUUUACACUGGUUAGUUUAGUGGGUAGUUGUGCUUCCUUGGGUGCGCCAGAACUUUUACGCCAAGUCCAUGGAGCAGCCAUCAUAAUUGGUUUGAACUCUAAUAUUAUAAUUGGCAAUGCUCUGGUUGAUGCAUAUGGGAAAUGUGGUGAACCUGAUAUAUCUUUUUCUAUUUUUAGUAGAAUGCCUGAAAGGGAUGUUGUGUCGUGGACUUCAAUGGUUGCUGCAUAUGCUCAGGCAUCGAGAUUGGAAGAUGCUCAUUGGCUAUUUAGUCAAAUGCAAGACAAGAAUACAGUCUCUUGGACUGCUUUGAUUGCAGGGUUCGCACAAAAUGGGCGUGGAGAUGAAGCUUUGCAUCUUUUUGAGCAAAUGAGGGAAGAGGGGAUCCCACCUAGUGCUUUCACGUUUGCCAGUGUUCUCAGUGCUUGUGCAGAUCUAGCCCUUAUUGCAAGAGGGAAAGAGAUUCAUGGGCAUAUCAUUAGAAGCACAUGUAUAGAUUACUUUUGUAAUAUAUUUAUACUCAAUGCUCUAAUUGACAUGUACUGCAAAUGCGGUCAAAUGAGAUCUGCUACAACGUUGUUUAAAGGGAUGCAUGAAAAGGAUAUUGUCUCUUGGAACUCAUUAAUAACUGGGUUUGCUCAGAAUGGGCAUGGGGAGGAAUCACUAGCUGUUUUUGAGAGGAUGAUAGAAGCAGACAUAAGACCUAACCAUGUCACAUUUCUUGGUUUGCUAUCUGCUUGUUGUCACACUGGUCUAGUAUCUGAAGGACUUCGGAUUCUUGAGUCAAUGGAGAAGGAUUAUGGUGUGUGUCCAAGAUCAGAUCACUAUGCAAUCAUGAUCGAUCUGCUGGGGCGGAAUAAUAGACUUGAGGAAGCUAUGGGUUUAAUCAAGAGAGCUCCUAAAGGAUCAGAUCAUGUUGGGAUGUGGGGUGCACUUUUAGGUGCUUGUCGAAUCCAUGGGAAUAUGGAUCUGGCUAGGAGGGCUGCUGAAGUCCUGUUCCAAUUGGAACCUGGAAAUGCUGCAAGAUAUGUUAUGCUACACAAUAUCUAUGCAGCAGCUAGUAGGUGGGAUGAAGCUCGUCAGGUGAGGAGACUCAUGAUGGAGAGGGGUUUGAGGAAAGAAGCAGCUUGCAGUUGGAUUGAAGUGAGGAAUACAAGACAUCAGUUUGUUGCCAAAGAAAGGUUCCAUUGUCAGAUUAAAGAGGUAUACGAAGUGAUUCACAACCUGGUAGAUCAAAUGUAUGAUUCUGGAUAUCUACCCUGCCACAGCUCUUUUCUUCCUGAAGAAGAUGGAGUAUUUUGAUUUUGGUAUCAGGUAUUGUAGUUGUUUAUGCAAGGAUAAAAAGCUUUCUGAUCAUGCUCGAUGGUGUUGGUCACAGAAAGAUUGAGCAAAAAUCUUCUCAAGAGAGAUGGUUAGAAGGUCUCAUUGAUCGGAUCUCCGCCUUGUGGCAUUAUUGGGCUCGCUUGCAAACAACACUUCUUCUCUUGCCUCCCUUGGAUCCUUUUCGAAAAGGUUUGCCCAACUGACUGAAUAAUUACACCUUUAUUGACCAGAUCUCAUGAGUGCGACUAAAUGACACUUCUUAUUGUAUAUAAAUUUUAAAAUAAAUAAAGAAGUUGAUUUUAAUAUUGUA